CAGCACAGGUGCUCCCUAGCUGCUAGCCCCUCCACUCAGACAGGUGAGCUCGCCGCUCUCCUCUGGGCCCGACAGGAAGCACGACUUCUCUGUCGGAAGCAGCCGGAAAAGUACCGUGACCAUCCUGUAACCUUGGAGACGCUGACCGUGCGCUGCCCGGUCUUGAGUGGGAUCUGAUUGUGUUCUUGCUGUCAUCAUCAUAAUCUGCGGAGUUCGUUCUCAGAGCGCCGCUAACGGGAUUAGCAUGGCUGUGUAACCGCUACCUGCCUGUUGCUGCGUCCACUGAGGCUCCGCUGCUCACAGCUCUCCUGCGCUUCUUCUCCGAAAGGUUUUGGAUUUCCGCCGUCAACAUGUUGAACCAGGGAGCAGUUAUGAUCUUCACUGGCGUCUGUGGGGCACUGGUGGUGUUGGCAGUGGCCUACUAUGCCUACUGGUCGGUCGUGCUGAGUGAGGGGCCGUGUAAAAGAGGAUUGUAAAGCCAGCCCACCGUGGUCGGUGUGGGCAGCCAUGGGUCUGCUGGCCUAUCUGAAGAGCCAGUUUGUGCUGCAGCUGCUCAUUGGCUUUGUGUUCGUGGUCAGCGGACUCAUCAUCAACUUCAUCCAGCUCUGCACCUGUGUACUCUGGCCCAUCAACAAGCAGCUCUACCGAAGGAUCAACUGCAGGCUCGCCUACUCGCUAUGGAGCCAGCUGGUGAUGCUGCUGGAAUGGUGGUCCGGUACCGAGUGCAUGCUCUACACCGACCAGGCCACUGUGGACAUGUUUGGCAAAGAACACGUCAUCAUCAUCCUCAAUCACAAUUUUGAGAUCGACUUCCUCUGUGGCUGGACCAUGUGUGAACGCUACGGCGUGCUGGGGAGCUCCAAGGUGCUGGCCAAACACGAGCUGCUGAAGGUUCCUUUAAUUGGGUGGACCUGGUACUUCCUGGAGAUAGUCUUCUGUAAGAGGAAGUGGGAGGAGGAUCGUGACAAAGUCUUUAAAGGCCUGGACAGCCUCAAGGAUUACCCAGAAUUCAUGUGGUUCCUCCUGUACUGUGAAGGAACACGUUUCACUGAGAAAAAGCACCAGAUCAGCAUGCAGGUGGCCGAGAGCAAAGGCCUCCCCAAACUCAAGUACCACCUACUGCCCCGCACCAAGGGAUUCACCACCACACUGCAGUGUUUGAAGGGGACAGUGUCAGCCGUGUAUGACGUGACACUGAACUUCAAAGACAAGAAGGUCCCCACUCUACUGGGCAUCAUCAACGGCACCAAAUACAUGGCAGACAUGAGUAUCAGGCGGUAUCCAGUAGAUGAAAUUCCUGAUGAUGAGAAGGAGUGUGCCAACUGGCUGCAUAAGCUCUACCAGGAAAAGGAUGCAUUGCAGGAGCACUACGCAAAGGAAGGCUCGUUUCCGGGUCCCACCAUCCGGCCGCCUCGCCGCCUCUGGUCGCUGCUCAACUUCCUGUUCUGGGCGUGUGUGCUGCUGUCACCGCUCAUCCACCUGGCCUGGGGCGUCUUCAUCAGCGGCUCUCCCCUCCACAUCCUCGGGUUCAUGCUCUUCCUCAUCAUCGCCUCUGUCGCAGUGCGGCGGCUUAUUGGGGUGACGGAGGUGAAGAAAACGGGCUCCAGCUAUGGCGAUCAGGAGGCCAAGAAGCAGAAUUAAACUUUUUCCUUCUCUCUCUCUCUCUCUCUUCCUCUCUGUCUCUCGCUCUCUCUCCUCUCCCUGAGUGCAGUGCAGCUUGUGUGCUCUUGUGCUCAGAGCUUAUUUUCUACCACAACUCCACAAACAAACAAACAAACCAACUGGGAAUAUUGUAGUUUCAGAGGUUGAGAUUCAUCUUGUUAAACACUAAGAGCAGGUGAUGGAAACCCGGCUGAGAUGAGAUGCAUAAACAACUCACUGAGAGGACUGUAUGGACACACACUCUCACACACACACACUCAUACUCAUACUCAUACUCAUACUCAUACUCAUACUCAUACUCAUACUCAUACUCACACUCACACUCACACUCAGACACACAAUUGUC